GUUCGUAAAAUUGAAUGCAAACGUAAAGCAGUCUAAUAUGGUACCAACUUUAUUCUACUGCUGGGUAGUAAUACCAUGAUUUACCGUGGACGCUACCUUGUCAGAUUAUCCACAGCAAAAACAUUUGCGGCUUUUGUUAUAAUUCUGUUAUCCCUCGAAUACGUUUUAGGGUUCCGGUGCUGGUGCGAGAAUAUAAUCGGAUGUGGAAAAAGAACAGAUAUUCAAUGUCGACAAUCGGAAUUAACAGCCGGUGCCAGUUGCCUUAUGAUCAUACGGGCCGGAGGCGAUACGAUAAGAGCAUGUGGAGGAUCAAGAAUGCCUGAUCUGUGUUUCCAUAGCACACUGACCGAAACAACAACAUGCUCCUGUAGCACGGAAUUCUGUAAUCAAGCUCCACGUUCACUGGUCCCUUUACCACUGUAUAUCAUGCUUACUUGUACAUCAGUACUUACGAUGCUUGAAAACUUCUUGCCAUCAAACGUUUUAUGGCAUACGAAAGGAGGAUGAAUA